CAGAUGCAGUCAGAGGGACUGCAGUUUACAGCAUUGUUGAGUUUACAGAAAUACUAUAAAACUCAAAAAUAAGGAGCCAGUAAUGAGAAGCACGGCAUGGCAGAAAGACAGGACAAUGAGGUGGAGGAGGCAGAGCAGGUUUAUCUGCUGAUGAAAGAGCAGUACAGGAUAUCACGCAAUGUGCGUUUGUCCUGGUUCCUCAGCAGAUUAAAUCAAGUCAUCAGGCCCUGUUCACAAUCUGAACUGCUGAAGUCAGAGAACGAAUUGGAUAUUCUGAGUGUCCUCCCGAAAGGAUGGCAGCCCGAUUCUCCCCCCUCGUCCUGCUCAUGUCUGCUGGUUCCCUCCACACGCGUGACCUUCCUGGCUCGCCAGUAUCGCUUCAUCAUCCAACUGGACCUGAGUCCCUCUACCGGGAUUGUGGAUGAUAGCACAGGAGAGAUGAUCUUUGAUGAAGUCUUCCACGCUCUGUCUCACUGUUUGGCUGGACUGGCGAAACCUUUCAUAGUUCCCGGAACUGAGCUACUGUUUAAACCAGAGAUUUUCAUCACCAUUCUAGCAUAUUCCUCCAUCAUUGGUCUUAGUUCUCACCAGGUGCUGGUUCAGGGCUGUGAGCUGGGCUCCAUGGAUCUGGAGAAGUUUUUGCUGCAGAUCUAUCAGCAGCUGAGGGCUGUGGAGAGCAACAUUGCUGAGGUCCUUCAACAGCAGCAGAAUCAGUUCACUGGAUCCCUCUGUCAGUCCUACUCUAAUGAUACUGUCGAGGAGUCAUCUCAAAGGAAGCCAGCGGUUUCCAUGGUAACAGCAGAUGUUGGGCUGGUCAGCAUGGUGAGGCAGGGGAUUUUAGCGCUACAACUUUUGCCUCAAAACUCCGGCGCAGGUAUAAUAAUCAUUACAGACGGGGUGACAAGCGUUCCUGAUGUAGCAGUCUGUGAAACUCUAUUGAACCAGUUGAGAAGUGGAACUAUCGCCUGCUCCUUUGUCCAGGUGGGCGGGGCAUACUCAUACAACUGUAGUUUUGGCUACAUCCCCAACGUGGAGCUAAUGAAGUUCAUCUCCAUGGCAACCUUUGGCUCAUACCUGUCCACAUGUCCAGAACCUGAAUGUACAGGCCAGGUGUUGAAUGCCUAUCACCGCGCCUUCCUCACAUACUCCUUCCUCAGGAUGGGCGAGUCCAUGAACCCAGAGUAUUACUGCUUCUCCCAGCACAGGCUGUUAAAUGAGCAUCUGGUGUCUGCCAGUGGAAACCCCGCGCUUGUCAUGCGCAGGAAGAAACACACAGAGAAGGAAGUUCACGCAGAUUUGAUCAGUGUGCUGUCUGUCAGACUGAGAGAGGGAUACACCAUCCGAGAGGUUAACAUCACCAAAGGUGGAACUCAGCUUGAAGUGAAGCUGGUUCUCCUCUGGAAUCACAAUAUGCGUAUCGAGUACCUCGCUGUGGCUUCCUGGCCCCUGGAUCCGGACAAACGCAUCACUUGGAUGGAAGUGACCAUGGAGGGCAGCUAUGACAUGCUGCAUGACAUCAGCUGUACCAUGCGCAAGCCAAUCACAAGCCCUUACCGCACGUCUGUCAUACGGCGCUUCUGGAACACUCUGCAGAGCAUAAAUCAAACCGACCAGAUGCUGGUACACCUGCAGUCAUUUAAUUCCAUCCCCGAGCAUUACACUAUUCCUGAAAGUACAAAAAAUGGAGUUCCUCUCUUUUACAUCCCACCCGGAUCUACCACACCGGUCCUCUCGCUCCAGCACAGUGGCUCUAAAGACUCCAGCCAAUCACAGUUCGCCUUCUACUGGAAGCCUAUCUUGUCCAUGGACGCCAACUUCUGGCAGCGCUGGCUGCACAUGCAUCGCAUUGCCAUCAUUCUGGAGCAUGACAUCCCCGUCCCAAAGCACGUGCACAAUGCCGGAUGUAAUGGUCGAUUCAGUACCAUCCAGUGCAGGAUCUCUCAUUCUGCCCUCACCUCACUUCUGAGAGACUGGAGCAGUUUCGUCCUGGUGGAGGGCUACUCUUAUGUCAAACUUAUAUACAGUGGCUCCGAGUUUCCGCCCGUCUCCUUCUACUUGGUGCGUCUGAUCUCUAAAGCUCCCUGCAUGGUGCUGCGAUUGGGUUUUCCCAUAGGAACUCUGGCUCACACCAGGAACAAGAUCGUGGAUGAACUUCGAGAGCAGAUUCUACGCAUGCGGUUCCCUCAUCGAGUCCAGAAUAAAGAGGCCACACCAAAGACCAAACGGAAGAUUCUUGGUAACGGAUCGCCCUCGAAGUCUCCACCUCUUCCUGCUACAAAACCUGCCCUGUCCGACCGGCCGUGUGUGGUGCUGCUUAACAAACCUCUUGAGAAGCUACUUAUCAGGUACGAGAAGCUUCCCUCUGACUUCCGCACACCUUUCAUCUUAAACAUGGAGCCGUUUGCCCAGCCGUGCAACAUGGGCGCCCCUCUGAGCAUGGCCGCCAGCCGGACAGCAUCUUCAACCGUUGCGUCACUAUCCCGAUACUUCCUGCACCAGCGCUGGGUCUGGGCCGUACAGAACGGGCCAGGUACCGCUGUUUCUCUACAGGCUGUGGCGCACAUCCUCUCCAUGCUCUCUGACAUUCGUCUCUCCGAGGGCUUCCAUUUCGCAGCCAGCGGUGAGGGUAUCGUCAAUAUGGUGACCGAACUGCCAAUACAGAGUGAGCCUUCUGGUUUGGACAGGAAACAGCCCACCUGUAUUGUGCAGUAUAUCUUGUUUCCACCUCAUUCCACUUCCACCAAGGACAGCUUCUCUACAGAUGAUGAUAAUGAUACUGAGGUGGAGGCGAUAGACGUGGACACAGAGCUCAGUCUGGUGACCGAGUGUUGGGUGGAGCCUCAGAGCGGAACCGUCUGCAGUUCACUGGAGCAGCAUCAGCACUUUCAGAACCUCACGUAUCAGGAGAUCCCUCAGGCUAUUUUUCCUCGUGACCUGUCGUGCAUGUCUACGAUGAUUACCUUUGAAUACCUCAUUCAGCUGUGUCAGAAUAAAGAGCAGGAGUGUGCUCUCAACAGCAGCAGAGAUGCUCGAGGUGAGAUCACCUUAACUCCUGCCGAUGACUGCAUACAUAACGUGCCUUUCCAGUUUGACCUCAUGAAGCUCCUGCCCAAAUGCCAACAGAUAGAGCUCUUCUUCUACACAUUUGGUUGGGCAGAGCAAGCGGAUUCACCACGGAGCUCCUCCUCUCUACCCAAUGACCUGCUGUUGAGCCUCUUCCACAGCUCUCUGCAGACCGAACUGAGUGAUCGAGAGAUCCCAUUGGCCAGCGGAGAUCACGUGGCAUUCAUGCAUCACAUUUUGGAACGCGAAAGGGACGGUCAUACGGCUCCCUUCUCAUUACCUGUCAUUAAAGAAGAGUGUUUGAAGGUGACAGAGAGGCACGACACUGUUAUGUCCUUCCACACUAUGGGAAGUAGUAAGGAGGUGACGGGUUCUUCCAGCACACUGCAGCAGAGUUUCAGUAAUGCAGAUCUCGUGGAUGAUGGGACAGCCGGCAUAGAGAGCGAUGACGCCUCACCUCAAUGGAAAUGUUACGUCAAAUACAUCAGCCACCAGCAAAUAUUACUCACCUUCAUACCAGCUACAUUUUCAGAUGUGCAUCUGUUAAUGUCUUCUGGACUGGACGCUGAACCACCCAUCAGCAGCAGCCUGCGGGAAGAUGAGGACACCUAUAGUCAUGGCAACAGCCAAUCACAGACAGUCAGCAGUUCUGUAGGUUACAGUCCAGACGAUGGUGCUGAUCUGAGUGAUGAUUUUAGCUCCACGCUGGAAGCAGAAUCGUCUCUUGAGGCAUCUACAGAGCAAACAAGCAUCAAUACAAGCGAAACAGAAGAGAAAGAUGGCGUGCAGUUCGUAGAGCCCCAGAAGCAAGACUGCUACAUCACUUUUGGCCGACAAGCGUCUCAGCUGAGCAGCGGUGACGCAGUUCGACCCCGCUGCCCGAUCUACAUCUACAACUGCACUCUAGACUCCCUCAAAGAACAGCUUGUCCACCCACGAUCAGGCCGCACGCCCAGAGACGUCUUCUUCAGACCUCAAGAAACAGAUUUCUGGGAGUUGAGUCAGCAGCCCAAAGACAGGUCUAUAUCUCAGGAGCGCAGUAGCGCCUCCUCCUGGACGGAGCUCAUGGCGCAUCCUCACAAGCACAAAGAUCUGACUAACUACUGCAGUCUGCUGCAAGAACAUUACUACCAGAGCUAUGUCAAAGGUGUGUAUCGCAGCCUGCAGCAGUUGUACAGCGUGAGCUCUCAGGACUUACUGACGGCGAUGGACUACUGCGAAGAAUCCCUGCAGGAGAUCGACAUCACUUCCUUCCUUCAGACGCUUUGCGGACACAUACGUGUUUUCCGCGAGAGACACGAACUGCAGGCUUGUGUCAACGUGAGCAGGUCCACCAACGGUCCCACAACCUUCAUCAUCGGAGAAGAUGAAGAUGGAACCGACAGAGCCAGGCUCGUGUCUUCAUCCAGUGUUGAGCUGGAGGACGUGAGUGAGGUAGAUUCAAGAGGAAAACUCUCCGUCCCCACUUCCCCUCUGGUACUGGAUGAACGCAAGUCUCCUAAAUUCCCAGAAUUUCCGUUGUCUCUCCUUCAGUCUCAGCAGAAGUGUGAGGUGUACGCUGAUUUGCACAAAAUCAUACAGGAUAAAUUUAUGGAAAUUGGCGCUCAGUAUUUCAAGACUGUGCCUUCCAAUCCACAUUAUUUCUUUUACCGCCUCCCAUCUUCCAAAAAGGAGGAGGAGUCAGACAAAGAGGGUGAAAGGAGACAUAGCGACGACUGUGAAGUGUCUGACGCUGAACUAGCUACAGAAGAUGAGAACGUGUCCGGCUGCUGCAUUGUCACAGAAAGCGACACGGAUUUGGAGGUGGAAUAUCAGGAAUGUGAGAAUGGGAAAGCAGAGAGUGCUGAACAGGAAGUCUGUGAAGACGGGUCACCGUCUGACUCCAACACGGUGAACCAGGAUGAAGACUCGUUCAGCAUUCUGGAUGGGGACUCGCUCCUGGAGCGUGAGGGGCCACAGCCGGAGAUGCCCCCUCUGUUUGUGCACCUGACCUGCUCAGUCAACAUGAAGAGCUGCCACGGCUCCAUGCCCACUCAAACACUGCCCACCUGUUUGGGUGAAGUUAUUUCCUGUCUUGAGAAUGCUGAGAAUCUUCAGUCUGUGGAUCUGAAUGAGUUGUCUGUGACUCUUGAUAUAUUUGUGCUUACGUUACCUUUGGAGAUAGAGGCCAUGCCCCCGGACUUCUGCCACAACAGGUACACCUCAGAAAGCAGCAUCUCACUGAAUCGCUCUCCUGGACAGCCGUCGUCUUACCGCUCGGACGAGGAGCUCAUGGGAAAUCUUGACGGCCUAAGAGGCGUUGGUAUGGAGGGUAUGUCUGGAGAUCCCCUAUCCAAACUUCCAGUUCUUCAUAAAAUGGCGGUUUUAGCCACCAUGGAUGAGAUCCGUUGGCUUCUGGAGGAUGAGAUCGUCUCGGCUCUACGACACUCUUCUGUGAUCAAUUCCUCCACCCUGCAGAAAGUCUCUGAGCACGUGUGUCGUUCCUGCGGCCGGCCGCAAUGUCACAGCGAAGUCGUUCCUCUGCAGUUUGUGUUUGGUCCCGAACAGUCUUUGGAAAAGUUUCAAGAGGAGUUCAGGAGGUUAUCGCUUCCCGGGUACCUGCUGAACGUGGAGAAAGACAACUUCCACUACUUGUCUCUCAGUCGACAGCGGUCUCACAGACUUCAGGCUGCCAGACAGGCGUCUCAUGUAACGGCGGAAUACUCGCAGCAGGCCCACGUCUGUCCUGAGGUGGACGACGAGUCCAGAGUAUCAGAGGCCCUCUCCACAUCUGACAGAGGAGCGGAAAGUGAAGAACUAAUGAAAAAAGAGGCUGAGCUGGCCGAGCGUGUGGGAGACACACUGCAGGAACCAAACUACUUGGACCCACUACCCACGCUGGCCGAGUCUCUCUCCGAGACAUCUCAGAGUGCAGUCAGCGGUGCUACUCUCCUGCACACGGGCAGCAGCACGGAGCGAUCGUCGGAUCACACAUCACCUCCUAAAACACCUUCUGCCGCCAGUCUGGCCGAGUCUGUGCAGUCUGCAACACACAGCAGCGGGAAAAUGCGGCCUAGCAGGGUUCAGAGCAUCGUGUCUAGUCAAGGCAGCCUAGACUCGGAUAUGCUGGGUUACGACGGAGGUAGCAGUGAUUCUGAAUGUGACGGACCCACCAUGAACGAGCAGGAGAGACUGAUGCCCCUCAUGCCUGAUUUCUGGGUCAUUAUUAAAAUUCACGAGGACAGGGUGGAAGUCUUUUCGCAUGCUAGGAGCUUCAACAGAGAUAAGGACGAGGAAGAGGAGGAGGAGAUCCCAGAGUUCCUGCGUCUUCAUCAGCUGGUGGUGAGAAGAAUUGGAGAAAUGUGCAGAAUAGUCAACCAGCGCCUCCUACUGCAGGACCUGCAUGAUAGUCACGUGUGUCACUCACUCCUGGUGGCUGAGAGCGAAGAAGACAUCUGGAAACACGAGUCUCUCUACAGGCCUCGAACGACCAACUCUGACGACUACAAUGCAGAUGAAAGCUAUCAGCCACGGGACUACCUCGCCGCCACCAUGCACUUCAUACCCGGUUACUUUGCGUGCGAUGUGGUUUGGAGCACCGUCAUUUACAUUCACCCACGUCUCAAAAUGGGACCUAACAUGGGCGUGUCCAGAGCUAUCCAUGCUCUACGCUCAGUUCUGAAUGCCUUUUGUGUGGUCAACCGCAAAAACAUGUUUGUAUAUCAAGAGCGAUCCACCAAAUCUGUUUUCUAUCUCCGACUCUCUGAGACCUGUCAGACAGGCAAGUACUGCGAUCUGGACGGAAACAUGCACGUGUCUCGCUCCGUGGGUCUGGCACGUAGCCAGGAGCCGUUGGGCUCUGAGGACCUCACGGGUCCGCGCUCAUCUCUGGAAGGCUCGAGGCCGGUUGGACAGGUGGACAAACACAUUUUGCUGCUGGUCCACGGCGUGGGGACUGCAGGUCAAGAGAUCACCGACGAACUAGUAAAGGUUCUCAGGAAGCGUUUGGAUGAGGCCACGCUGGACAUCAUCACCGUCAUGCUGGUCAGAAACUGCAAACUGACGCCUGCAGAUGUGGAGUUCAUUCAGCCUCCAGGCUCUCCGGCUACAGAAGUGAUCGAGUUUUGCUUGCCUCAGUACUGCGUGCCGUGGAUCCAGGCUGUCACUCACUAUCUCCGUCAGAACCUUCUCAUCUUCCUCCACAUACCCAAAUACACAGACAGCAACACUGUACACCACUUCAAGCAUUACUUCCAUUUAAGCAGUGACCUGCCCGACUAUGAUAUCUACCUCUACAAUAAACCUGGAGGUCAGGGUACAGGAGGAAAAGGUACCAUGUCGGAGCUUGUUCAGAAUCUCUUCCCAACCUCACAGUUUCAAGGUAUCGCCUGUAUCGCUCUGUCAUUCGUGGAUGCUAAAGGCUGCCCGCUGCAGGUUCCGCAUCAGGAUGGAAGCGGUCCGGCUGUCAGAGGGGACGUCACGACCAUCUUCAUUCAACCGGACCAGUUUGAUGCCUUGACCACCGUUGUCAAGAUGGAUUCUCCCAGUCAGAGCUCAGGUGCAGCUGUGCGUGUGCGGUUUGACAUAUGGGAGCAGGGGAACGUCAGCCCCCUGCAGCUGACGGACAGGUUGAGGGCGGCCCUGCGCCACGCCCUCUGUGAUGUCGUCAUGGAGAUGCGGGUGCUGCUGAAUCCCUUGUGUCUGGACACAUUCUGCCUGCCUCCUGCCAACCAACAGGAUGAGAAUACAGUUCCCUUAAGUCUUCUGCAGUCGGAUGGAAAAGAGGUGAAGGACAGUUUUCGACGCCCCAGCAUUGCCCAUGGUGUUAAAAGCAGCCCGCCUCCCAUAACCUUCACAUCUGCCCCCAGUUCCACCACAACCACAGGAAGCAGCACUCCCGAAUCUACCACGCCCACUGGAAAAACCACCCGCCGUAGCUUCUGGGAGAUGUUGAGUAAAGCAGAAACUUCCGAGCUCGGCAGUCCGAAGACAACUGAUGACAUCAUCCCAGAGCGAGCGGAAGACAGCCGCAUCGGCCGACGGAGACAUAAGACUGAGAACGUGAAGCAGCAGUGGAAUCAUGAGAAAGCCAUGGCCGUGGAGCAGGAACAGGCUCAGAGAAGACAUGUAGCUCGGCUAGAGGAAGGAGAUAUGGGAACUCUUCACCCAGUCUAUCAGAACACGUUCUUGCCCUGGGUCACCUUCAUGAACAAACUGGGUUGUCCGUCCAUCCAGCAUUGCGUGGCUGAGGUCUCACAUCAUUUCCUCUUACCCUCCGUCCUCACAGAGAUUGUUAAUCUGGUCAGCUCUCUAGCCAGCGACACUACGGUUAAAGUGUUUGAAAGGACCAGUUGUCCUCAGGGAGAUAUCCAUGUCCCCCUGUCAAACAUUCAGCACAUCAGCCAGCCGCCCACAACCAGCAGGACCUUUAUCCUCAUUGGCCGUAAUUUCAGCCAAUGGCACUGCAGUACAGAACAAGAAGACAGUUCAGAUGACGAGAACAGUCCAGUUCUAAAUAGGUGUACACCUCAUAAGGGACUCCAGCGAUUCGAGGCUUUGGAGCACAGUGAUUGGCUAAGCCCAGGCCAGGCUGCGAGGGGCGUGGCCCCACGACAACGCUUCCUGUACAUACACAUCGUCAACAAAAAGGUGACCUUGUACACAUAUAACUGGUCUGUGGAUCUGGGCGGCUCUCUGAAUCAGGGCCUCGGCAGACUGGUGCAUUGGCAGAACGCUCGAGCUCAUGUGGUCAACUGCCUCCUGAGUCAGAAAAUGGGUCUGUUCCACCAUAACUGCUUCUCUGAUACACCUGCACACGAAGACCUGAAACAGGAGCCCAACCCUUUCCUCAGUUCCACGGUUGAGGCAGACGCUCUGUUGAGGAGUCCGGUUCCUCCGGCUCUGAGUAAGGAUCAGGGGCGGUCGGGUAGCUCAGGCCGUGGUCUGCCACCUUUGGCUUUCCAUGGAGAGCUUUUGGCCUUUGAUGAAGCUCUGAGAGAUGUAAACACUGGGAGGGCGCUGACGAGUCAGGAUGGGGCCGAUAUAGUCACUCGGCAUGGAGCUCAGCUUCUGGAGGUCAAAGCAGUUGAACGCAGAGAGAUGGAGAGACAAGUGAGGAUCGAGCACCUGUUUGUGACUUGGCAGCAGAGAUCAGCUCAGUCCAACUUACCCAUCUCUGUAGGAGAUUUAGACACACUGAAACAGUCAUCCCGUCUGGUUCAUUACUGCGCCACUCCACUGCUCUUUGAUCCCGUUUUCAGAAAACAAAUUCAGGAAGAACUGGUCGUCCAGCCACAGAUGAAGAAGCGGCAUCGGUCGAGCGACUCCACCGCGUCCGGUAGAGAUCGCAGCUACAGCACAGAUUCUGCAGACACGCUGCCCAGUCGACUAAAGGAGGAGCCUUGGUUACAGGAGAUCUCCAGCAUGUUUCUUCAGCAGUAUGUACAGUACCUCCAGAGCAUGGGCUUCAUCCUGGUCCAGGUCCGGGCGCAGUCGCCCGCUCGCAGUAUUGCACGAGCUCGGGCCGCCAUGUUGAGCUCUUUAUCUAUAGAAGGCAGAUCUUCCUUUUCCUCUUUCUCAUAUAAUAAACAGAAGAGUGAGGAAAGUCCCAAGCAGAGCAGUAAUACCAGCUCGACGUCAUACCACCUACAGAGGGCGCUGCCGGGAGGCAUCGUGCUAAUGGAACUAGCGUUUCAAGGCUCUUAUUUCUGUGUGAAGCAGUUUGCAUUGGAAUGCUCGAGGAUACCCAUGGGCCAAACGGUUAAUUCUCAGGGCACUCUUCUCAACAAACCUCCUAGCAAGCCGUUCCCCGAGGCACCCACGGGCUCCGACUCUGCGCUGUCCAUGCUGUUCACCGAGGAGUGCGAUAAGGUUCGAGACUUGAUGCACGUUCACUCGUUCAGCUAUGACUUCCACCUGCGUGUGGUGCAUCAGUACCUGGUGGGGUGUCACAUGACCCUGCGGCAGGGAUACCAGCUCACCGGCUUUCUGGAGGAUUUCAUCGCACAUCACCCAGAUAUACCCAAAUUUGGUCGCAACCAUGUUUUCCAGGGAUGUUUUUCAAUAUCGACGGGGAUGAUCACCGCACAUCAGCUGUACAAUUACAUCACCGAUCACGCUGGUACAUAUGGGAUGAAACCCCUGCGCAUGUCUAAGGCUGCAGUUACCACCGACAACAAAAAAGGGGCGCCAAGCUCAGACCAGCAUGAGUAUGCGCUGGUAGCUUUGUGGAACAGCUCCGGCUCUUACAAAGACCUCGAAGGUUUACAACACCAUGACGAUUUUGACGUGUCGCUGCUCGUGUGUCAUAAUGCUGCUCCGUUUGAAGAGCAGUCCGAGGGAGAGAGACAUUUGCUCAGGUUGGGUUUUUACGUGAUUAUGACCAGUCAGAGAGAACUCUUCCCCCGUUUGACCGCCGACAUGCGGCGCUUUAAGAAGCUUCCACAGAUCUAUCGUGACCCCAGUGACCUCAGCGGCCGCGCCGCUAAUGAACGAAUGGACUCGGGCAGCGUGGUGGCGAGGGAGUCCGAACUGGACCUGUGGGAGGACACGACCACUCCCGUCACCCCUGCGACCAGCCCCGAGUCUCAGCCAACGGAGUCUCUCCCGUCUGAGGGUCAGAGCGAGGACUCUCACGGGCUCUUCUACCUGUCUCCUCUCUUCCCUCUGUUGAACUCUGAAGUGAUGACAGCGAGGAGGCAGAUUCAGAGCAGCGUGGAGCAGGCCAUGGGACACUGCCGCAGGGACAAUCUGUGGAGGAGGCUGUUUCACGGGGAGCAUUUGGCUCUGGAUAAACUCAAACUCAGCAGGCUGGCUUUCAGUGAACUGGAGGAGCUGCUGAAUGCCGUGCAGAGCCGAUCCGUUUCUGAAAUCGACCCGCAGCUGGACUGUUUCCUGAACAUGAGUCCUGCCUGGUACCAGACGCUCAUCAAAGUUCUGCUCUCGCGCUUCCCACAAAACUGCAGGCAUUUUAAAGACGACGGUGGGAUUCAGUAUCUGGCUGUUCUGAACCAGAAGUUCACCGACUGUUUUGUUCUGGUGUUCCUCGAUGCCCAGGCAGGAAAAACGAGUUUGAAGGUGGUUUUCAGGGAGCCGUUACCCGCACAGAGCCAGCCGAGCAGCAGCCCCCCUCCACAGCUGGUCUCCAUGUACCACCAUCUGGAGUCUGUCAUCAACACAGCGUGCUACAACCUCUGGACUGGUCUACUGUAAACCUGCGUGUUUGUUAAAGUUAAGUCCACCGGCAGGCUCUGUCGAAAUAACACAGGUUAACAGAAGUGCGUUAAAGCAGUCGGUUCUGAUAUGAAAUCAUUGUGCCUCCUGGCAGAGACGCUCGGAUCAGGCCGCCAGUCACCUUCCUGAACGCGUCCCGUGUGUUUAAUGUGCGUCGAGUCGCCCGGCACAUUGCCUUUAAAGCAAUUAAAUCGCCCACGUCUCGUACAGAAAUGCAGCUAAAUUGUCUGCCCUGUUGAUUCGAGGGCGAUUAGUCGGUGGGUGGGUAUUGGCGCAUGAAAACGCUUUGCCAAAGCCAUCGUGUGUUUUUGUGUAUUUCAUCUCUUCUCGGUUGCCGAUGGGAAAGUUGUGUUGUGAUUCACUAGGCCGUGUGUGUUAGAUCCUGCUCACAACCAGUUAGUUGAUUCUCAUCCCAUAGUUAUGCUUCAUAAUUGUCUGUACUGCCAUUUUAUCACCCUGGAAGUGCCUUUAAUUGUAUUUCU